AUGUCGGUCGAACGACUUCUGACCAACGUCCUUCGGUUAUACCAGGACGUCCAUGACGAUGAUCGCACCGAACAGUUAUACUCAACCACCACCACGCUGCUGACCCACCUCUCCAACCCGCUCAACAUCACCGUCCUCACCUCACAACUGCUCAAUGCGCCGGCGAUAUGGGAACGCGGCGAUGGAAUGAGGGCCUGCUAUCGCGUCAUCAGCAUCUUCAACAGCGCUGCCACCCACGUACGCAAAAAGGAGUUAGAGGCUGCCAAGCUACAGGAGCAAGCCAAACACAACAAGCAGCCGCCUCAGCCACUUCCACUUCAGACGCACCCGGCACUGCAUGGGCCGCCCGGGUCGCGAGGGUCGCAGGGCCCGCCGCCAGGUUCGAGGGGAUCUCAGGCAGGACCACCGGUGCCACAGGCGCCACGCACCGGUGGUGGGCUGUCGUGCGAUGACUGGGUAUCAGCCGUCCUCAAGGGUGCUGACGACAAGUCCAGCAGGUGGCAGCAUCUGCUUGUCUUCUGCGGCAUCCUCCUUGGCAUGACAAGUCAGAAAGACCCCAGGAACCGCCAUGGCCUGAGCUACUCGAUGCGCAAUACCGUCGAGGAGGCCAUCGUCACCGCCGUCAACCUUGCUCUCCGUCCCCAUGAGCAACCACACGGGCAACAACGCGAACUAGAGCCCCCCGCUCCCCCAGGCCCGAUAGCCCUGGCCCUUACCUACGCUUUCCCGUUACUCUCCAAGUCGUCUCGCCUUGCCUUGGACUGUGAUGCUAUUGUGCCCGUUGCUCUGAAUGGCAUGACUGGAGCAGAUGGCCUCCAAGACGGCCUGUUCCUUUGCACUAUCGAUGGAGAUCUCAAGCAGUCAGGAAACCAUUUUACCUGGCAGGAGAGUUCGCCGUCUGCCCUUCUUCUCCGCCAGCUUGAGCAAAAGCCUCUCGUCAAUGGUCUUGGACCUCUGUCAAAGGUUGUUGGAUUUGCCAUCGAACAUGCGCGUGAUGCCAAUGUUGUCCUGCAAGCUCAGAACGACCUGCUCACGUUCACCCAAAAGCUCUUGCACGAAUGGGAGGCUAGCAAGCUCUCGGAAAUCGAAAUCUCCGAGGAGGAAGUGUACCUUACCCAAGAUACUCUACAAGGUCCUUGGGUGGCUCUGUGGACACUCUUGAGGAAGGUCAUGUAUGGCUCAGUUGCUGUGUUGCAGACCAUUGUGGCUCGCAGCCUGCUCGAUCCUCGGAUGAGGAAUGAUACCAUGGCACCCGUCGUGGCUAGCAAGACCCUCAAGGCCCUCCGCUACCUCUACUUCAUUUCGUCUCGGAACGGAAGCGAUGCCUUCCAGGUAUACACCUUCACGUACCUUACGUCCGUUGACAACCUGGCGAGGUACUCGGACGCCUGUGCCGCAUUUCUACGCGAUACGAAGCCACUUAACCCGGGCACCAUUCCUCCACAUCCCCUUCACAGAACCCUGGACUUGUUCUACCUGAACGUUGCCGAACACCUCCCGCUCAAGCUGACACCUGAGGACUGCGACUCGCUCAUUGUGCAACCGGCCAUGGCCUACCUGACUCACUCAACUCCCCUCUCGCCACGCAUGCUCGAGUUGUUCGAGGCAGCACACAGCGCUGUCCUUUCGGUUCUCUCGUGCCCACACAACGCACCCGUCACCGUAAAGCUCGCCCCUUUUUAUGCCGAGGCUCUGUUCUCGGCCUUCCCCACUCACAUUUCACCGCGCCAGUUCCGCCUGGCCUUCAAGACCUUGAUGCAGAUCCUCUCUCCCCCGUACCCCAUCUCGUCAACCCACCCGCAGCUGGCUGAGACACUUUUAGAGAUGGUCCGAUUCCGCAUAGGUGUUGCAAGCAAGGUGCCAUUGCCGCCUCCUGAAACCCAAGUCCAGUCGGGCACUCCCGAGCUACCCGUGUCUGAGCAGAGUACCUUGGUGAUGACCUUGAUAGACUCUUUGCCGUUCCUCCACCUCAAGAUCUUUGAGGAUUGGCUAACGUUGGCCGCUCAUGCUGUGAACCAGAUCGAGGACGUGGCCAUGAGGGAGGCUGCCAAGAGACGGUUCUGGGAGAUUUUGGUCAGCGGAGAAAUGGACGUCGAGAGAUCGGCUAUUGGUGUCGCAUGGUGGGGGACAAAGGGAGGCAGGCAAGCCGUUCUCUACGGAUCUCAAGGAGGACUUCCUGAAGUGCCCAUGAUGAGUGGUGCCAUUCAGAACAACAUGGACCGAGCCAAGCUCUGA